AUUAGGCAAAAUUAAAACGGUUGAAUCAGUUACCCAUAUCAUUUUAUCUAUUUGCUAAGAAAACAAAGUUGGGCAGCUAUUCAAAGCUUAUCAAUCAAUUUGUGUCUCGUCUAACACUAAUCAAACAUCAUAAUCUAACGAUCGGCAAACACGUUAAUACAGUAAGUUAUAUAUUCACACGCUAAAUGACGUUUUGACAUUUUUUCAUAUCUUCGGUUUUGGUUUUUGACAAUAUUGUCGUAAUUAAUAGUUCUUUUGUCCCCGAAUUUGCGGAGCUUCGAUAAGUAGUAUAUAUAGCCGAGUAACCCAAUCGGAUUAUCAUCACUUUCAGUUGUGAGCUCAAUCGAGAAGAUCAUCAGUAAAAAUCUCUCAAGUAAAAAUGGCAAGAAUGAACCUCGUACUGUUGGCUUUGGCCUUGUUCGCCGCAGUGGCAACCGCAACCAACACCAAACAUUGCUCAAAUGGCAAAAUUCAAGAUCCAAAUAUGGUUCAAAUCGGUGACUGCAAAGCACCACCAUGCAAACUAAAGAAAAAUACCGAUGUUACUAUCCAGUACAAAUUUACACCCAAAGAAAAAGUCGAAAGCUUGAAAGUCGCCGUCAAGGCAUCCAUGAUGUUCGGAAUUAAGGUACCAUUCGUCGGCGUCGAUGGUUCUCAAAUUUGUGACAAAAUCUAUCGCGCUGAUAACGGCCAGAAAGUGGCUUGCCCCUUGGCUAAAGACGUCGAAUACAUUUACAAGGACUCGUUCCCAAUUAAAAGCUAUUACCCAUCCCUCUCCACCACUGUCUAUUGGACUUUGAAAAACUCUUACAAGACUGUCUCGUGCUUCCAAGUGGCAGCUAACAUCGCUUAA